CCAGCCCCGACGCUCACUGCCGAGUGCUCGUCGAGCCGCGUCGCAGCCGCCGCAGCAGCCGUCGUCGAUGGCCACCAUGGAAGACUGGGAGGGCGAGAUCCAGACCCAGGUGGUCACCGAGAAGAAGACCAAGAAGACCAAGAAGUCGCGCAAGCGUGCUGGCGACGGCGGCUGCGAAGAGACCACCACGACUGAGACGACGACGACCGAGCAGGAUGGCUCGGGCGGCGACGGCGUCAAGACCGUCACGUCGAACGGCGAGUACACCAAGGCGAUGAACAAGGACUGGCACAGCGGCCACUUCAGCUGCUGGCAGUGCGACGAGUCGCUGACCGGCCAGCGGUACGUGCUGCGCGACGACCACCCGUACUGCAUCAAGUGCUACGAAAACGUGUUCGCCAACACCUGCGACGAGUGCAAUCGGCUCAUCGGCAUCGACUCCAAGGACCUGAGCUACAAGGAGAAACACUGGCACGAGGCAUGCUUCCUGUGCAACAAGUGUCGCAUGUCGCUGGUGGACAAGCAGUUCGGCUCGAAGGCCGAGAACAUCUACUGCGGCCCGUGCUACGACGCCCAGUUCGCCACCCGCUGCGAUGGCUGCGGGGAGAUCUUCAGGGCCGGCACGAAGAAGAUGGAGUAUAAGACCCGGCAGUGGCACGAGAAGUGCUUCGCCUGCUGCGUGUGCCAGACCCCGAUCGGCACCAAGUCGUUCAUCCCGCGUGAGCAGGAGAUCUACUGCACCGGCUGCUACGAGGAGAAGUUCGCCACGCGCUGCAUCAAGUGCGACAAGAUCAUCACCACGGGUGGCGUGACGUACAAGCAGCAGCCGUGGCACCGCGAGUGCUUCACCUGCACCAACUGCAACACCAGCCUGGCCGGCCAGCGGUUCACCAGCCGCGACGAGAAGCCCUACUGCGCCGACUGCUUCGGCGAGCUGUUCGCCAAGCGCUGCACUGCGUGCACCCGGCCCAUCACCGGCAUCGGCGGCACGCGGUUCAUCUCGUUCGAGGACCGCCACUGGCACAACGACUGCUUCAUCUGCGCCACCUGCAGCAACUCGCUGGUGGGCAAGGGCUUCAUCACAGACGCCUCGGACAUCCUCUGCCCGGACUGCGCCAAGCAACGACUAAUGUGAGCGCGCCGCCACCUGUCGACGGCAGGCGGAAGCUGAAGCAGCGGCAGCGGCCGCGUGAGGACGGAUGAGCGUGCGCAACGGCCAGGCGGGGCAGAGCAGGGCGGCGACGGCGGCGGCGGCGGUCCGGCCGUCUGGCUUCGACUUCUCUCUAUUUUGUGUUGGUAGACAUUUGCGUGUGAAUGCGUCGUGGUGCGAAUGGUUAGGCGUGCAAUAUCAUGAGCAAUUUUAUACAUAGGGGUGCUAGACGUGAAGAUUAACCCAGGCACGCGAACGCUGGCGCCGCAGAUGGCGCCCGAAGCGCGCGUUCACACGUCACACGCAUCACACGACAGGACGUUACACGCACACAGGCAGGGAGACAGACAGGCACACGCGGACGUGGGUACCUGGUACCGCGCCGUCGUAAAGCGGAUCGAAUGAGGGCACGCCGUGUCGACACGAUUGACUAACCCGAUCUUCAUUAACCCGGUAGUGCAGAGGGCGCCCCGGCGAGAGCACACGAUAACACGGGCGUGGCACUGCCCGGGGGAGAGCGUGAUAUACUGCAACUGCUAGUC